AUGGUUCCUACUGGACAUAGUUUAAUCGUGUCAGAGCCAGAGGGCGAGAAGGCUAGAGAUGACCAUUCCUGGCUGUCGUCGUCGGCGCUGCAGCCUGUAGCUCAAGCCUCGCUUGCCUCGCCCUGGGAAGGAUCCACCCUGGGGGGCUCCAGCCAGUUAGAUGGCGAGACUCAGCCCAAUCGUGAUAGAAGCCCUCCGAUCAGCUUGGACCUCGCAUCAUCACCAGCUGCCUCUCAUAGCUUCCAACGAGCCGACCUCAACCCUGCCUGCAACCCUCCUGCCCUAGGGAUAUUCUACGAGACCUGA